AUGUAUGUCACAUUCCCACCCGUGUGUUUAUUCGAAGAUCCCGCCAAAGAAAAUGAAGAAUUGUUGGCUAUGGUGAAAGCAAUAUUUUCGCAACACAAAGCCAAAACAACUUCAAUGGAUAUUCGAGAGUUUGACGAUAAUUUUAAAAAAAAAUAUAAAAAAGAUUUCAAAACAAUGUCAAAAUUAAAAAUAUCUGACUUUGUUGAAAAAAACAACCGCAUCCUUGAAAUAUCGACUGACAAACAUCAAAGAAAGAAGAUUAAACUAAGGUUUAAAAAGAUGUCAAUGAAGGGCAAACGGAAAACAAACACAGUAAGUCUUUUAGAUCAAACCAAUAAAGCAGACGAUUCAGAGGAUUCUGACUGUAUAACUACAGAAUCAGCUUGUCAAAUAACUGAAAACGAUGGUGAAGCUUUACAAGAUAAAUUGUUAGAGAAUGCCUAUUUAGAAUCCAAUAAAGGGAAACACAAUCUAAAAGUAAGUGAGAAUUUGUUUGACAGUGAUGACGACGAAACACCAGAGUCAAAAUGGACGGAAGUACGAAGGCACAAAAAUCGAUCGCCGGCUUCUGAUAACACGACCAAAGUUCAACCUCAAGUUCCUAAACAAGAGCAACAGGAUAUUAAUGAAAUACCUCAACAAUCAAAUUCCGAAGACAAACAUUAUUGCUUACUUGAAACACUGUUAAAAAGAAGUGAUUCUCAUGAUUUUAUCUUCAAACAAUCAGAGAAAGAUUAUACGAAUCACAAGUACAAGUUGGCUAUUGAUCUUGUCAGCAUGUGGAACAGAACAGGACGAACAAUUUCAUAUAUUGUUGUACGCCUUGAUCAAAGUCGGAAUUUGUCUUCGUUAAGUGAAUAUUUAUCUUUAGACAAUUUUACAGCAUUGCCUUACUUUCAAUAUUUUGAAGUUGGCCACACAGAUGCGUUUUAUGGAAUAUUUGAACUUCCGUCCAGUCAUGGAUCUGGUCAACCAGCUAUUACAAAAUCAAGAUUGAUAUGUCCCAAAACUGCUGCUGUUGUCUGGGAGAGCAAUCAGCUUUGGUUUAGAGAAAAUGACUAUCCAAUUCCUCUAUCACUAUCUGACCCAUUGCUUACAGUUAUAUAUAAAUGGUUUGCUGGGGACGAUAGUUCAUCAAAUUCAAAACCAGAUACAAGAACCGGAUAUUGUCAAGAACUUAAUGAUGAAGGCAAAAUGCUUUUGGGGUUGACCAUGGAUGUGCCAAAAAGUCCUUUAGAGAUAUUUAGAAGCACUAUCAGAAACUUUCGAAAAGGAAAAUAUGUUCUUUUGGCAGGAAAUUUGCCUACAUGGGUCAACAAUUUAGAAGCAAUUUCUACAGUGCCUUGGAUGUAUGUAUUCGACUUUGACCAGUCCAGUAGAGAAUCCGGACUUUUGUGCGUAAAUGAAAAUUUUAUCCGAAAACGAAGAUCACUGCAUCUCACAAACUGGCAACAACCACCAGCUGGGAUUACUGAAAAUGGGACAAAUUGGACUUUUUUGUGUGGCAGACGAGAUAAUCCAGAAAGUAUUCUACAAAAUUGCAAUAAUUUAAGAAGCUGGAUUCAGAAGGUAAGAGGAAAUAUAGAUCUACACAUUGAACAAAUUCAAAAAUAUAUCGAGGAAUACACAGUGCUUACAGUGCUAAUGAUUUGGCCUCAAGAUGAGCAAUUAGCACAACAUAUGCACAAGUUUUUAACCCUGCUGGAUGAUGGUUUGGAUCCAAAACCAAACAUAGUGUUAUGCAUUUCCGGUCAACCAUCAACAGGAAUCGGAAACUCGAUUUUUAUGGUACUAAAAAACGAGUUCGAGGAAAACUUGACAAUAAUUGAUUGUGAAGUGGAGCGCCUAUGUAGUUGUAUUUGUGAUAUUACUAAAAAUCAACAAAAUGUGUCAACAAUUAAAUAUUCUCUGCCGACUGCGGAUGAAGGAGGAGAUCCAUCAAUCGAAGACAGUAACGCAGCAUGGUUAAGAGAAGAGCUUGAAAUUUUAUACUUAUCAAAUCCAUACACCAAAUGUCAACAAGAUGUCAAUUCUCUCGAAGAAGAAGGAGAUGCAUUUUUCCGUGGAGGGUCAUUGCGUUGGUUUGCAUGGUAUGAACUUGGUGGUGGCCAUUUCGACGCUGAACGUGAUCUUAUGUCAUCCAUAACAAAGGAAAUCAAAGCAAUCAUAAAUGAGAACAGGUCGGCAGUUGUAACACUGCAUCAUGCUCCAGGAUCAGGGGGGACGACUUUGGCUCAGAGAAUUUUAUGGGAUUUUCAUAAGGAUAUUCCUUGUGCCCAUGCUAAGUUACGAUCAGCUUUACCUAUAACUUCUUUCAUUGAACGUAUUGAAGCAGUGUAUGCGAAAACACACAAACCUGUCCUUUUAUUGAUUGAUGGAGAUGAAGAAGCAAAGGUCAAUGAACUGAAAAGAAUACUAAUACUCAAUUCUCGCUGUUACAUCAUUAUUCUCUUUGUCAAACGGUGUCCAUAUUUUGCAAAAGGGAAAAAAUUUGUUUUAAAAGGUACAGUGUCCAUUCAAGAAGCUAAACGGUUAGCUAUCAAAUUUAGGAAUCAAUGUAAAGAAGAUGAAAAAAAGCAGAUGCAGUUAAAAAAAUUAUGCGAAGACGUCCAAAGAGGACAAGAGCAUCAGGUGUACGAAUUUGGACUUGCAACAUAUCUCGAUGAAUACAAAGGAAUCGAAAAAUAUGUUAACGGCUAUUUGAGGCCAUCUGCGGAAAAAACUGAUUGUUCAAUUGGUAGGAAUAUUCUUUGUUUCCUCUCCCUAGCAUAUUAUUAUGGACAAAUUUCUUUGCCAUUGCAAUUUUUCUGUGGUUUGAUUCAUAAACCAAAUAGGUAUGUUGUCAAAAUAAAAGACUUGCCAGAGCCCGUCCCUCAGUUUGUAGUGUUUGAUGAGAACGAAAGCCAGACAUCUUACAUUCGUGUUUGUCAUUAUCUAGUUGCUAAGGAAAUACUAGAACAGGUUUUAGGUGAUGGGUCAAAGCAGAGAUUUACAACCCUAAGUUUAUCUGCUAAGCGUAAACUUGGUGAAAAAUGUGAACAAUUUAUCGAAUAUGCGAGCAGAAGAAAAAAAAAAUCAGGAAACAUUGUUUAUAUUUUGACAAGAAUUUUUAUUUUUCGUGAUAAAAAUAGGGAUAUAGUUCAUUCAAGACUCAUUUCUGAUAUAGAUUCAAAGCCUCCAUUGCAUACGGAACGUUUGCAGGUUCUCAAGAAAUUAACAGAAGCUUUUCCGAAUGACCAGAACUUUCACGCUCAUCUCGGUCGUUUUUAUGCAUACUCGAGACCAAAUGAAGAUGACGAAGCUGAAAAAUGCCUACAGAAAGCUACAGCAAUAUGUGAAAAAUUGAUUGGAAACAAGCCUAAAGAAGAGUUGGAAUACAAGCUGUGUAUUUUUUUAAUGCACGUGUAUCACAUUUAUGGCACGAUUUUGCAAAGAAGAAUCACUAGAUACACUGGGCAAUCGGCGACGGCCGGUGAACCUGAGAUUAAAACAAAUGUCGAAGAUUUUGACAAAAGGUUAGGUGAUCUAAUUUCCACAGCAGAAAUUUCCAUAGGGUAUUUCCAAAAAUGUAGAUUUUACACACCAGACGGUCAUCACUCAAUCUAUGGUUUCGACGGUGAAAUAAGUGUGCGCCUUCAGAUAUGCGAUUUUAUUGAAAGACGACUUAAGAAAACAAGACAAUCGUCAGGAAUAAGAGAUUAUUUGUCUUCUAGGGAUGAACAGUAUUCUGUGGAAAAAAACUUCGUAGAAACCAGCGUGUUUUGCAUAGACAAUUUGCUUAUGGAUUGUUUAAAUUCUCUAGAAGAUGAAAAUACUACUCAAUCCAUGGCAAAAUUGAUUUUGUGGUAUAACCUUCUCUUUGGCAAACAUGCUACGACUUUAGAAAUGCUUCCAAAGGGGGAUGAUAUCCAAGCAUAUAGGCUCCAAAUUGCAGCAAAAAAAUUGAAAUACAGUCAUGGAGAAAGCAAUUUGAUAAUGCUUGAAAAAAUUGACAAAAAAGAGGACAUAUUUUCAAUCGUUAUAUUAUAUGAGAACAUUUUCAGAGAAAACGUGCCAGACAGUAAAAGAGCUUUGGAUAGGGAUUAUAAUGAGUGGAUAUUUGCCAUCAGACAUCGGCUUUUUGAUACCGUAUAUUCAAUUGAGAAGGUUCUUCUUCAAGUGCGGAAAUGGCAUGAGCUUCUUCACUCUCCAAUGUCUAAAUUUUAUUUGUUUAUUGUCACAAGUCUCCUUGGGUUUGGAAAAAGAAACAUCGAUGGUAGCAGUGAGUUUUUAUCUGAAGCUCUACAACUGAAAAAAGACAUGGAAAGGGUGAGCAGAUGUGUUAUAAAACCCAAAUACCCAAGGGAAUGGCUUCGGAAGAAAGGUGAGGGAAUAAAAGUUUUGGAACCUGGAACACGAUUUGUUGGAUACAAUUUUGUUGACGAUAGAAAUUUAAAAGAAGACAUAGACCAAACCCUCAAGAUCUGCAAAGGCACCAUUUGCGCCCCUAACGACAGGAAAUUGUCUGGAUACAUAUCCCUUGAUCUUGGUAAUAAUGUGGUGCCGGUGAAAGUUUUUUAUAUACCAAAUAAGGCGAACCUAGAAGGCACUGCUUACGCUGAGAGACGUGUUGAAUUUAUUCUUGGCUUCAGUCUACAUCAUGGGUGGGAUGCAUUUAACGUUCGACUUCUUGAAAAAUACCCAUGCCCGGAACGGGGGUGUAACGCUCAUGUCGAAGUUGGAAGCACGGACGAAAAGGUAAAAUGUCCAGGAUGCCAAAAAAUCAUUUUCAGACAUCAUUUUGAUCUGAAACGAAAAUAAAAACAAAAAUGAAGUGAGUUGAAAAUGUGUAUAAUUAACAAACGUUUCAUGUUUUGUAGUGUAUAUAAUGAGAUUAAGUUUGAAUCACAAAAUUGCAUUAUACGAGAGUUGUCCCAAAAUAGCGUAGACAGAACACAUAACUUAAAAUCUGUUCACUGCAAUUUCAUUAGACUUCUAUGCUUUCUUAAAUGACUCUUUGACAAACAAUACUGAAGAUUUCAAAUCUGUACUUCAUUCAUUUAUUGAGAAAAUGAAUGACUAGUGACGACAAUUUUUUCCAAGGUCUUUAUAAAUUUUAUCAGUUACCGCUGCGCCGCCUAAAACGCUGAUAUCGUCAUUUUAUUAUGAAUUAGGACUUCAGCUAGUCACAAAACGCGCUAUAAAAUCUUUAAACAUUUGCCAUGGUAUAAACACUUUCUGGAUAAAUAGUGAAAAUAUUAACAAAUCUUAAUGUAUUUUUAAUUGAAUUUUAUCGUUCGAAAAGUACUUUUUCUCGCAAAUUUUAUUUCAUUAUGUUGAUUUUGACUUUCCGUUUUUGACAUUGGGCCACAUGCCGAAUUUAUAAUAUAGCAUGCUUUAAUUUCACUAAUUUUUUCUCAAACAAUUUUUGAUUUCAAACAUACCUUGAAUGCAAAUUACUUGAACCUUUCGUGGGACAAGUGUCAUCUUCCCGUCUUUUCGAUUAACUGAACAACGCCACUUGUCUACGGUAUUUUGGGACGAUCCUAAAAAUAUUCAGUUUUUAUGAUACAGUUUAAUGAUUUUAGUCAGUUUUUUCUCUUUGCAUAUAUUUAUCUAUUAAAAUGUAAACAUUUUUUUUUUUAUUAACAGUUAAAUUUUUUUAAGCAUGUUACUUACUAGACAUUGAGAGGUGUUAUUCCUCAUUAACGACUUAUCAUGGUAUAUUUUUGUUCGGUAAUUAAAAAAAAUACUAUAGGUUGGAUUUUAAUUGAGGAGGACGGGUGGUUAACAAAUUACCAAUCAGAUUUAACAAAACGUUUUCAAAAAGUGUUCUAUGUUUAAUCCAUACAUCAAACAUUUCCACGACACACCAAUCGAUUAUUUGCUUGCAAUUUUAGGGUAUCUUUUUAAAAACUUGAUUUCAUAAAUGUAAUAUUGUUACAAAUCUGAGGUUUUUUUUUAAAUUAUUUUAUCAAAACGAUUGCAAAAUAUGUUAUGGCUUGUGUUGCGAGCCACUUUUAUUUAUUAGAAUUUCACUGAAAUGCUAGUGCGUGCUAAAGAAAAGGUAUUUGAAGCGGCCUUAAAAUUUUAAAACCCAAAAGUUAUGCGUAUGAUAUAACUACCAUGUACUUAUUACAUGCCCAAUUUUUUUUUUCUUUAAUGAUACAUGCGUGUGAAGACCUGAAUAGUUCGGUUAGGAAUUUGCAUUGAUUUAUGCUUAGACUAAAGGAAAAAUCAGAGAUUUGCAGGGGUUGUAUGGGAGCAUUUGACAUCUUAAUUUACAUGUGAUUCCGAAAAAAAAUAAUAAUGGCAUACAUGUUAAGUUUACCAAUAAAGGUGUGGAAAUAUUAUUUAUUGAUGUUAAAUUGAAAAGUGCUGCUAUAAGCUUGUGUUUUGAACGGAAUGAGACUUGGAAAGGUGUUUUGGUUUGUUUAUUUGUUUUUUGUUUUGUUUUCUUUCUUUUCUUUGAAAUGAACUGGAAUAAUUUAUUUAUUUUACGGAAAUUUAAUAUUCUUGCAGUAGUUUUUUAAAUAUUAAUCUAAGAUGUUUUAUUUUACCCGAUAUGUUUGUUGUUCAUUCUAUAUUAAGGGAUAUACGUAUGGUAUGGAUAGUUAUAUUUAUUACCUAAUCAAAGGGAUUUUGUUGUUUUAUUACAAAUUAAAUAUUUGCGUCUAUUUUGAACUGCCGGUCAAUAGACUGCAAUCUAUUAUGCCGCCGGUCAAUAGACUGCGAUCAUGCAACCUUAUUCUUGCAUGAGUCACAGAAAAUAUUAUUGUUGUCAUGAUAUUUUCACAUGGAUUUAUAAUUCUUCUCGCACUACAAUAGAAAAUAUAUAAUAAAAAUAUCUUUAAAUCCAGACUAUCCAGUAGACGUUCUAAAAUACUAAUCCUUAUUUCAUUACUAACAUAUUCAGCUUCAUAGUUAAUUUUGCACAUGAUUAUUGAUUAAGUUUACCUUAACUGAAAGCUCAAGUGAGCUAUUCUGAUCUGUUUUUGUCCGGCGUCCGUUUGUCUAUUGACGUUUUAAAUAUUCGACUUCUCCAAAAUCACUAGACCAAUAUUAACUAAACAAAGUGAAAGAAGUUUAUGUCUUUUUCAAUGAAGGCCUUACGUUUUUUAAAAGGAGAUAAUCUAUAAUAGUGAUUAGUGAUCAUUUUACUUAAAAAAAUAAAAACCUAGGAUUCUGGAAUUAUUAAACUUGUGUGUAAGCACCCUCACCUUCCAAGGUAGUGUUAAUAGUGCGGAUUUAAGUGUGUUAAAAUCAUGAUUUUAAGGGUCAAAAGAGGGAGUUAUAUUUUUGAAGGAAUGAAUAGAGGACAAUCUUUAAAAAUCAUAUUUUCACAAACCAGAAAAGACUGGACUUUAUUUGGGUUUAUUAUAAGGAGUGCAGAUUCUAAUUUAUCUAAAUAAAGAUCCCUGAGUUUUGGGCGACAAUGAUCAUGAUUUUAGGGGGGGGGGGGGAAAUCGUUUAAAAAUCUUCUUCUAAAAAUCAAAUAUCCAAAACAACAGAAUAUUCCACACAUAAUGAAUUUAACCUUGUUGGGAUCAUAAUUCCAGCCGGUGUUAGGGUGGGGCUACACUAAAAGAUAUGAAUUUUCACAAAAAAAGAAAAGAAAAGAAAAUGUUUCAAAAAAUCUUAUUAAAGUAGUCCGAGUAUCGCACUACGUCAUAAUACGGAUUUUACAAUAUUGGUUCGACUUUUACAAAGCGUUUUUGAUACCCAGUAUUGAUUUUGCUCUACAUCGCUGUUGUAAACAAUGGCAAUAAUACACAAUUAAAACGGUGUUAUAUGUAUUCUAUGAGAGAUGGAAAUGAUUAAUGUUGAGAAACUUGAUUCUGUUAAAGUAAAAUGAAAAACGAAGUUUCUGAAUAACCAGGAUCUCAGGUAUGCUUAUACCUUCUUUGUUUUGACCCCCCCCCCCCCCCGAUAUGUUGUUUUUCUUUUACUAAAACCGGUUUAAAUUUAAAGACAGAAGCUAUUUCGAAUUUAAUAAAUCGUCAAUUAAUUAUUGUGUAAAUGAUAUCUAACAUUGUUGACAGAUGUAGGCAGAAAACUGUAGCAAAAUGUGAUUUUUACGGAUUUUUUCGUCAGGGUCUACUUGGUUUAGAGCUUAUAGCGUGAAAAGUAAUCCGUCAACAUAUAAUUUAUUUUACCAAAUCUUUUUUCUCAGAUGUCAAUCUAUAGAAUAAACACCAUGAAUAUAAGUUUGAGUCCAUAAAAUAGUUAAAAUAUUACCAAACGCGAUACUAGCAUUGUAUUUUUUGUAUUCUAUUUUGAUACAUCAGGUCCAUAAAGCGUACUUACUUACACAAAUUUGGGCAAAAUUAUUGAUGAGAUAUGGCUGAAAAAAAUAUUUAUACUCUAUUUUGUAUGUUCAGUUCUAAUUUUCCCAAAAUUGGUAAUUAUUUUUAGGAAAAACGGACGUCUGGCAAAUUUCAUAAUUGCCAAUAAUUUUCGCUAGGGGGUACACCCGUCUGAGAGGUGAUAACAAACAAACUAGCAUGUAAACAUACAUAUUUUCUUUUGUAUAUGUAUUGCUAGAAUGUAUAUUUAUCAUCUAAAGCUAAGCUUUUAAUGAUUGAGCCCAUUUAGAGCCGAGUAUAGGACUACCUUAAAAUCUUAUUUGUGUGGAAACAUCAAUAUGUUAUCUUUCUUUAUUCAAGUUUGUGCAAAGCAAGAUCCCCUGUGGAAAUUUACAUUUACAAAGAAAUAUAUAGUGGAAAAUCUUAAAUAUCCUAUUAUAAAAUUACAUUUGAUAUGAAAAAAUGAGUCUUGUAUGUAUGAAUCCCAAGGUAUUGUAGAAUCAAGUUUGAUCAUAUCAUUAAGGUAGAUUAGGUUGGAUUUUGACAUAGGGAUAGAUGAUGAAAAAGAAGCUAGAUAUAUUCACUGAAUGUUCAUGAUGUUUUUGUAAUUGAUAACUUAAAGUUUAUUUUAUGAGUUUUGGCUAUUGUUGUUCAGGUGAGCAAAUCUGCCCUAGGCCAAAAGCUCCUUGUUUUAAAUUCCCAUGAUUUCAUACACUGAUAUUUUGAUCAGUUUUAAUAUGUUCUAAUCGUUGCACGUUUCGAUGUAUUUUUUCUACGUUUGACAUAGUUUUAUAAUUUGCUUUAAAAUAAAAUAUGUAGUAUAUUAAUGUUGUUAUUUUAAUUGUUUUUAGUGCAACAAAGCUUAGAAAAUCCAGUUGA